AUGCGAGAUACCCUUAGAGGGGUUGAAGAGAAGUUGGACCAGGAUGAGUGUACUAAGCUUAUAAAGGAGUUACAAGCAUUGGUUACAUCAAAGAAGCAAGAGAAGGCUGAGAAGGAUAGGAACCGUAAGAAACAGGCUACUGACGUAUCACAGAUGAAGAAGGGUGCCAAGGUUGAUUAUCAGGCCGAGAUCGACAUGAUGUAUGGGGAUGGUGGCUAUGGUGAGUAUGAUGAUGAGUAUGACGACUACGCUGACUUCAUGUAA